CGUAUCAUUUUGAAGCGUAGAUAGGCCUACUGGAAAUCAUGAUCUGUCAGAGGCCUGUAGCCCCCCACCCCCACGCACACACACAUUGUCAUAGGGUAGCCAGUGUUGUCACUCGAACCCUGUUUAUAAAACUGUCCACGCCACUCACCUGGCAAGAGAGAAAGCUCAUUGACGGCGAGGACGACAGGGACUCAAAUUCAGGCUCUAAAGUUAACAUAGGGAGGGACACAAAAGGCAGACACUGUCUCUGAGCAAAACAAUACAUCCCUUUUAACUUCAUGGUGCCUGCAUUUUUAUCAGCUGCUAUUUGAAAAAAGCUAUUUCAUUUCAAGCAUACAUAAAACAUAUUUUUUUAUGAAUCUUGAAAAUUUCUCUUACUUUUCGGGCAUGUGUAACAUGACGGCUGAGUCACAGGACUCACCAGCCGAGCUGGCCAGCCCGCUGGUCAUGUCGCCUAACGUGAGUCUGGACUCCCCUUUACCGCCAUCGCCUCUGAUGCUGCAGGCCCGGAUCAAAGAUGGGGUUCUGAUCAAGUCUGAACCACGGGCAACAAGUCCGAACGCGGAUCGAGAGGAGGGAGCUACUCUGGGCCAAACCGAGGAGCACCUGCCCACUGGGAGUAGACGUAGGAAGAGGCCCGUUCAGAGAGGGAAACCACCCUACAGUUACAUCGCUCUCAUUGCCAUGGCCAUCGCCAACUCCCCCGAGAGAAAACUCACACUUGGGGGUAUUUAUAAAUUCAUUAUGGAACGUUUUCCCUUUUAUCGAGAGAACUCAAAGAAGUGGCAAAACUCCAUCCGACACAACCUCACCCUCAACGACUGCUUUGUCAAGAUUCCCCGGGAACCUGGAAGGCCUGGUAAGGGCAACUAUUGGACUUUGGACCCCGCUGCUGAAGACAUGUUCGACAACGGGAGUUUUCUGCGGAGGAGGAAAAGAUUCAAGCGCACGGACGUGAGCACCUAUCCUGGGUACAUGCAGAGCUCUAGUGCGUUCACCCCGAACCCCAUGGGCAGACCGGCAUACCCCAACACCAUGUACCCAGGAAUAGGAUCGGGUUACGGCUCGCAGCUGGCAGGGACCCCCCACCCGGUGAUGCUGCAUCAUUAUCAGACCCCUACCGGGGUCAGUCAAGGACAGCCAAGGAUGUUCAGCAUCGACAACAUCAUCAGCCAGCAGUCGGUGAUGCAGGGAGGAGAGCUCAACCCGCUGGGGUUAGGCGGUGGAGACUUGGGCACCAUGUCUGCUAGCUGCUCCCUCACUGGCACUGACCCCUCCAACUGCUUCCAGAUGCAGACUGUCAAUCCCUCGGGGAAUUCACUGGGCAGAGGCGGUGGGGGACUGUCAUCAAACCUGGCACCCGGGUAUCCUUACUCUUCCUCGGCAUCCCCCCCACACCUACCUUCCAUGAUGCAGUCCAGUUUCUCUCCAGGUAGCUCUCAGGUGUACUGCACGGGGAACCGUCUGUCUCUACCCGCCGUGCGCUCCGGGUCUUGCGCGGAGCACACUGAGCAACUACUGGGUCUCUCCAGCACAAUGAACUCUUACAACAACUCUUACAUGAGACAAGCCAAUUUUGCAUCAGGAUUAGAUCGGUAUAUGUGAAAAACGGAUUUGUAUAGAGACAAACAACGAUAGAGCCUCAAUUACAUUCCAUUUGAAAUAGGUGUGAAACCUCAUCUUUGUUUGAAAUGCAAAUCGACAUUCCAUUAUAGUUGUGUUCAUAUCUCAGUGCUAUUGGUUCGUUUAUCUUAUGUGUUUUAUAACAUCAAUAUUGAUGGGUUUUUAGAUGUUCUGUAGCCUAUCUACUUGUACUUCCUUGUCCGAGAACAAUUCCAAUUACUGAACCUUACAUUUUUGUCAUUGUCACCUGUAAAAAAAAUAAGAGUUCUCAAACAAUAUUAUUAGCCAUAUACCUGUAUACUGUUCUAUUUUGUGAAAUGUAAAUAGUUUAUUUCUUUGUGAAUUAUAUUGA